GUGAACACACGACGAGUGAAGGAUACCAAGAGUAUUUGCUGCUUAUUGUUAAGUCAUCCCCUUCUUUGACCACAGCAGAUUUCAAAACCAAGGUGACUUCCGACGAAAACUUAACACGUCCAACAACCCUCAAUAUUCAAAAAUUGUUGUUCAGCGAGAAACAACAAAAGGAAAAACGUCCAAGAAUAAGAGGCCUAGAAUCCAUCCAGGAAGGCAGGGAUAUCGAAUUUAAAUCAUUUGACAAGACAUUAUUUGAUGGAAUCAUUAAACAAUCAAAUGUUCAAAAAGUACUAGAAUACAUUUGGAAGGAUCUCAGACUGAGAGAAUAUAUUUCCUGUUUCACAAAAAACCAAGACGGUGGUUCCUAUUACCUAGGAAUAGGCGAAGGUUUAGAAGACAUUACUGGUUAUAAUUACAAGACAAAGUCCAAGAUCCUUUCUGGGAUUCGUGUUGAACCGAGAUUACACGAGACUGUAAAAAAAGGUUUGACAGAGUUGAUCAGGCAACACACAACAGUUCAAAAAGGGAAUGUAGCCCAACCUCGUAGUGCAGACUCGCUGGUGAAAUUUAAGUUUCAUGAAGUGGACAAAGGCCGAGUGUACAUCCUUGAAGUGGCAGUAGGGUACACGCCUGGAUGUGUCUUCUAUGAUACGCCAGACGUCUAUACCAUGGUUGAGGGGAGUAAUCAAAUGAAAGCAGUAGACUUCUCCGAGUGGCUUGAAAAAGUGAAGACUUUCCAACCUGCUCAUCAGUCCAAAUGAGUGAUAACAGACGACAAGAAGGAGUGAUUUGAUAAGUGGACACAUUUUAAUACCGGACAAUCUGACUGAAGGGACCAAUAGCCCUUGAGGGUGAAGGAAAGCGUGUGUACCAUGGCCGGUGUCGCCUAUAUGAAAGAACCACGACACACAGAAGUUGUUGUUUCAUGGCCAAGUAACUCCCCACUUCUUCCGAGGGUCCGACUGCAAGAGGAACUAUUUGAAGCAAUCCAGACGCAUGUCCUCACUUCUGGUAAGCUGUCGGUAUAUCCACCAAAGACUGCUCGUACCAUGUCCGACAUCCUAUACCAGAGAAUUCAGACUCAUGGAAAACAUUUCGAAGGAGGAUUGUCCUUUGUGACAAGAUCACUAGCAGUGGUGUUGAAUUUCCCAAAGGUUUAUAUUCCAGAUGGAGUGAUAUCGGAAGUAUUCUAUGUUCUUCCAGAUCGUCCAUCAAUGAUCCUCUGCUUUGUGUGUGAGAAAAGAGACGAUCUCGGGAAAUAUGUUCUCCGUCUUGCCCGGAGAGCAAUAAAUCAAAUCCGGAAGUAUACAGAUGAACAUUUCAGCGCAGUCUAUGGUCUUUUGGACCCUGGUGAUUUAGAAUCAGACAACCUAUUCGCCGAUGCCUUGAGGUCAAUUGAAGACAAAACCUCUGCUUUAUGCAGCUUGCAUGCACUUAGCAUGAACAGUGUGAAAUGUAUGAACAUAAUACGUGCCUUUCUUGCUGCAGUAGCAGUUACUGAUCUCACAGAAGGAGACAGCAUGAAACCGGAACUGCGCUUACUGUCCAAACAACAUUUCUGCAAGUUGGUGGAAAACAUUGAUGAGGACAGGGUAGUGAUUGACAAGGCCACAAUUCCAGAAGCAGAGAUACUUAUGAUCGAAGUAGCAAGGAGGCUAGAGAAGAGGGGACAAACCAUCCUUCUUGUCCAGGAGGACCUAAAGAAAAAGCUGCAAGAACAACAUGCAGACAUUGUGUCUCAUAUACUUGCUUCUGACGAACUGGAAGACGUUUCUAGAGAUAACUAUCCUAACAUACAACACAUCGUCGCAGACAAUAUGAAAAUGAAUGACAUCAAGAAACUUCAACUGGACGAUGAAAGAAGUGGAAAAACUGUCAUUUGGCUUUUCCACAAUUCUGAGGCUCGAGAAAACGCCACACACAAAGGACCGCAUUCCCUUGAGGGUGCAGGUGAAUUGAGAGACGACAACAGUGAACUCAGUUUUUCUGGAGAAACAUCUACUUAUGAAAGUGCUGAUGACAUGAGCCGUUCUAGAAAUGAGGAUGGGUACUGGUCGGGGGUGACUGAAUCUGAUGAUGACGACAUGGAGGCAAUACAAUCAAGUGAUGAUGCAAGGGAAGCAGGUGAAAUACAGCUGCAAGAUAAGUCCAGAGAUGACAGUCUACGUGACUGCGCUGAGCAAACCAUCAAGGAAAGUAUUUCAGGAACGGCAUCUUCACCGCUGCUGCCUCAUGUGACAAAAUGCCUUAAGGAACAUUUUUGUACAACGAUCAUUGGUCAGCCCGGUGAUGGCAAAACUACUCUUGCUUUCCAGGUUUUGUCUGAAAUGCACAGAAAGAAAUGGAAAGUUUAUAUUGUGGAAACACCACAAGAUUAUUUUCGGAUCCAAAAGAGUGACAGGUAUAUCAUUCUUUUCAGCAACAUUUUUGGCAAUCCCAACUUUCAGUUUGACCACUACCGAAAAUGGCAUCCUGUCCUGCUGGACGUAAGUCAGGAACAAGUAGCGUCGGCUUCAAGAUGUCAAGUGGUAUAUACAAUAUUCCUGUUCAGGAAAAAUGUGUUUCAAACAGCACUCAAAUAUAUCACUCCUUUCAAAAAUACAAUUUUUUCUGAACGUCAAAGAAUUGACUUUGAAAAGAUUUAUAAAGCAGAAGGGAAAAUAACACUGGAUACUGACAGGACAGCUGAUAAAACAUCAAAUGAUCAUGUCACUGAUUGUUCAAAGACAACAUCCCCCCUGCUACACAAGCUGUGUAUGAUGAUAACACUAAGACAUGAAGUUUUUAACACUCAGGCCAUGGACAGGGAAAGUAGGUUUCGACAUAUCCUCAACAACUUGAUGGUCAAUGAAGGGAUUCUGUCUACUUUACAAAUCUGUAUCCAUCAGAACUGCAUCCCACAUCCAGCUGAACUCUCAAAUUUGCAACUAAGAAGACUGUGCACAGGGGCCGGGGCAUCUCCUUUGAGAAGUAAGCAGCUCACUGAGGCACUUACACAGAUGGACAGAUACAUCCUUAAGAAGUCAGCUCAUGGAUUCGUGUUCUCACACUCAUGGACUUCAGAGGUAGUUGCGAAGGUUUUGGCUGAACAUGAUGAAACUACAUUUAUAGUUCAUUGCAGUCUCAAGUAUUUAGAGUAUGUGCGCUUUGAGCCAAAUGAAGUUGCAGAGUUUGAUUAUGCCAUUAUCGUCCCCCAAAAGUCAGCAACGGUUCUUGCACAACGUCUGCGUGAAGAAUUGUUGAAAGGUCAUCUUCAGUUUGUCAUGUCCCACAUGUCACUGACACAUCCAGUCGUGUGCGACGCAAUUCAAACACUGCUUCAAAGAGAGAAUUUCAAAAUGAGAGAUGCACACUCAAAGAAACAAAUACUGUCCUUCAUUCCUAUUUGCAACAUACCCUCCUUAGAACUGAAAUUGUUGGAAGUAGCUUCAGGAGGUAUUUCCACAAUGCAAUGCCUUCGUAUGUGUAGCAGAUAUGGUAAUGUAAGACUCAUGAGACUGCUUAUCGAGAAGAUCGAGAAAAAUGCUCCCAUGCUGCAGCAAAAGAGAUACAACGUAGGAGAAUUAUUUAGAACCUGUGCUAAGUGGAACCAUGCAGAAGGAUGUGAGGUUUUGUUGAAGUAUGUGGAUGUCAACUGCAUCGGUAAACGGGGCAACACAGCCCUUCACUACGCAGCCAGCUCGGAUAACCUGGAACUGUUAUCGCUCCUCUUGAAUCAGGAUGAUAUUGAUGUUGAUGUUCUGAAUAAGAAAGGGGAGACCGCGUUGGCAAUGGCUUUGUAUUGUAAGCAUGAACAGGUGGCAGAAACUUUGAUACAAGCUCGAGCCAAUACACUCCUCAAAGAUAAGUAUGGUCGGACAAGCUUUCUGAUAGCAGCACUUGUUGGGUCUGUGUCUAUUCUAGAAUUGUUACUGAUAUCAGAUCAUAGAUGCAUUUAUCACUGUGAUGCCUUUGGAAACACGGCCUUACAUCUGGCAGCAAUAAAGGGCCAGACAGAGGUGAUCAAACUUCUCUUAAAAGAAGGUUUAGACAUUCAGAAAGGAAACAUGGACAGGAUGACGCCUCUCCAUAUUGCAGCUACAAAUGGACGAUACUCUGUUGUGGAUCCCCUUCUCAGCAUAGAAAGAAAUUCAGCUACUUCUAGAGAAGACGGAAAGCGUUUUGUCCGAGGUGUGUCUGUGGAUCUUAAAGAUAUUCAUGGCAUGGCACCGAUUCACUACGCAGCCAUUUGGGGUUAUGAAUAUGUAUUAGGAAGACUUUUGCAAAACAAGAGCGAGGUUAACCUGAUGACCGAGAAAUCUGAAACUGCACUGCACUUAGCAACUCAGGGCGGCCACAUUGAAGCUGUACAAUCCCUUCUGAAAAACAAGGCUGAUGCGAACUUGUCUGAUUGGAAAGGAAGAACUCCUCUUCACAUUGCUGCCGAGGAAGGACAUCUAAAAAUAGUAAAACUCUUUCUCAGGGAGAAGGUAGACACUCAGAAGGUCGAUGAAGACAACAAAACAGCUCGUGAGUUAGCUUUUGCAAAUAAACAUCGAAGCAUUGUGAAGGAGAUUUCCAAAGUUCGAAAGAAAAGAACUGAAGAAACAGAACUCUCUCAAUACAAGUUAGACAGCUGGCUUGACCGGCGCUCUUCGAGGUCUAAAGUGCAGAAUACAGUAAACUUUGUACCAUUUGUGAUCGCUAUCAUUCUUAUGGUUUUGUCGUGUUUUUUCUCCACUAUCAUAACGUAGAUCUCCGGUGAUUGAUCUAGUCACACAGUCGACAAAAACAUCCUCUUAAGGUUACAAGAAUCAAUUUGGAGUGGUUUAAAGUACCUGUCAUUUUGGAAGUUCAGACAAUUGUUCCUUAUACUUAAUUUUAUGUACCUGUCAUUGGACAUAUUUGAAGUUAGCAACCCGGACCUGAUUAAGAGAAUGUGUUUGUAGAUUUGCAGUGAUCUAGUUAUAGAAAUUUCGCAGCUAUCUUGCAUGUCACAACCCAUGGAGUCAUUGGACGGAUAAUCGAGACUGGUUGUGUUCUUGUGGUGGCUUUACCUAGUAUCUUCCUGGUGUUGGGGCCCUUACUUGUGGUGGCUUUACCUAGUAUCUUCCCUUGUGUUGGGGCCCUUACUUGUGGUGGCUUUACCUAGUAUCUUCCUUGUGUUGGUGCCCUUACUUGUGGUGGCUUUACCUAGUAUCUUCCUUCUGUUGGGGCCCUUACUUGUGGUGGCUUUACCUAGUAUCUUCCUUCUGUUGGGGCCCUUACUUGUGGUGGCUUUACCUAGUAUCUUCCUUGUGUUGGUGCCCUUACUUGUGGUGGCUUUUACCUUGUACUUAUGUGAUGAUUGGAAAGGGUUUUCAUGCUUUUAGUUUAAGAGUUUAACAGUUUUCAUCGCUUUAAAGAAUAUAGAAAUAUUUUUAUCGCUUCUAUUUCUAUGGGGGAUGGUUGGUAGCCUAGUGGUUAAGUUGUUCGCUCGUCACGCUGAAGAUCCGGGUUCGAUUCCCCACAUUUCUGUCCAUUUCUGGUGUCCCCAUGCGUUAUGUUGCUGGAAUAUUGCUAAAAGUGGCUAAAAGACACACUAAACCCACACUCAGUUAGAAUAUAGAAAUAUUUUUAUUGCUUCUAUUUCUAUGGGUUUACUAGGAUAUGUUAAUGCAUUGUGUGAUGCCAUGCAUUCUGACACAAAGUUGACAUGUAGUCAGUGGACUUUCUUGUGAUUAGGGAAAGGUUUUAUUACUUUUAUGAUUAUAUUUUGCUUUGAUUAUGUGAUGAUUUGAAAGGGUUUUCACGCUUUUAGUUUAAGAUUUCAACAGUUUUCAUCACUUUAAAGAAUAUAGAAAUAUUUUUAACGCUUCUAUUUCUAUGGGAUUACUAGGAUAUGUUAAUACAUUGUGUAAUGCCAUGCAUUCUGAGACAAAGUUGACAUGUAGUCAGUGGACUUUCCUGCGAUUAGCAAAA